AUGGUCUCGGAGUACGAAAAGGCCUCCUCCAAGACCUACCCAGACGAUUUAAAGAUAGGGACCCUCCUCAGUGGCCUACCCCAAGAUGUGAAGCGCUACUUGCAGUUGCAGAUAGAUGAUUCAACGACCUAUCAGAAGGUGAGGGGCAUCUUGCUACAGUUUGAGCGCACUUCAACAACUUGGAGCACGGAGUAUGUCAUGAAAGCCAUAGGCCUCGAUAAGAACUCGUACCCAGGAGAUGGACAAGGUCUUGCCCCAAUGGACGUGGACCGCGUCGAGAAAGGCAAAGCAAAGGGAAAGGACUCCAAGGGCAAGGGCCGUGGUGACAAAGGAAAAGGGUUAAAGGGCUACAAGGGGUACUACCAGACCGGCAAGGGCAAACCUGGUUUUGGCAAGGGCUUUCAGUUCGGUGGCUUUGGAAAAGGAAACCAGGACAAAGGCAAGGGUUACAAGGGCAAGUGGUCCAAUGAAGGCGGCAAGCAGGGCAAGAAAGGUGGAGCCGUAAAGGGUCCUUGCUUUGUGUGUGGUCGCAUGGGUCACCGAGCAGCUGAGUGCAGAGAUCGCCGCGUGAACCAAGUUGAAGACGAUAAUGUUUGCCGCAUGGAGCUGGACACAUUGCCGCUGAUCGAGGAGCUUCCAGACGACGAUGGUGACAACACUGGGGCUUGGCAUAGCACUGCUUUGGUUUCGGAGUUUGACUUUUACGAGGGUGAAGAAGCUUGGGAUGAGUAUGGCUGGUGGGAUGAAUCCGAAAUUCCUGCUGAAGCCUAUGAGUACAUCAGGGCAGUCAGUGCGUGUGAUGGUUGUUGGUACAGUGACUCUAGCGCUGAGUUUGAAGAAGUAGACUUUGCAAGCGUCGAGUGCUUUGAGCUAGAGUGCGAGCUCCCUUCCACCAGCACGUUUUGCUUCGAACUUGAUCGUGACAGCAGUGGAGAUGAGUUUUUCCGAGAGUGCAGUUCUGAAUGCGACUGUGAAGUUCGUGCGGUGUGCUGCCCUAAGGACCCUUCCGAGCCCUGUGAAGUAAUCUUGGAUUCAGGUGCUGAUGUCACGGUGCUUCCGGCGCAUCUCUUCAGCACCGUCGGUGUGGCGGAGAAGCAGACUACUCGGCUCUUGGAUGCCCAAGGCACGCCGAUUCCGCAAAUGUCGCAGAGAGCCAAUGUUUCUUUCGUGGUGCAAGGGCUUGAUGGUCGGGAGAUUGUUUUUCGAGAUCGAGCUGUGCUAGCAAAUGUUCGGCAACCUUUGUUAUGCGCUGGUAAGCUGUUUCGUGGUGGCUGGUAUCCGAAAGCUAGUGCUACAGAUGACGGCGUCAUGGUGAUGUGCAAGGGCGAGCAAGAGUUUCCCCUCCACUUUGCCCGAAAUUCUGUUGCGGCCACCAUGCGCAUUCUGAGGACCGAAGAAGCUUGUGUACGCGUGGUGAUUGAGGUGAACGAUGAGUUCUUAGCGGGACUCAAGCGGCAAGGCUGGCAAGUGACCUCGGGAUCAACGCCCACACACGUGCAGUGGAACUCUACAGUGACUGCAGACCCCAGCCAGCUUUAUGACCCCGAGAUCUUGCCUCUUCGUACGACUUUGGUGCACAAAGGGGAGAACAGGUUUGAGAUUUUCGAGUGCGGUGAGAAUUGGGAGUUGAAGCCUGUGGUGGAUAUAGGGUGCCAGCCGACUAGGAUCGUGACCUUGUUGACUCGGAACGCCUUGGCUGCCACUGACCUGGGAAAAGUUGUCGUUGACCUUCAAUCUCCUCUGGUUCCCAGGUUACCUGCUGAGUCUCAAGAAGAAGCUGCCGAACCUGAAGAAGCAGAUGAUGGAGUUCAACAGCCAGGCGCGCCCGUGGGCGGACCGGAGAUGCAGGAAGUGCCUUUGGAAGGCGAGGUGGUGAAGGUAGGUGACAAGGAGUUUCAUGAAACCUCUAGCCUUCGUGAUCUUCGUUGGGCGUGCCGCUACUUGAAGCUUCCGCAGAGUGGUGCUAAGAGUUUGUUGUGGACGCGUUUGCAGAAAGAGAUUGCGCUUAACAAGCUCAAGUCAGCCGUGCAAGCACAUGAUGCCAUCAUAGCAGAGUACACCCCUGACGUCAAUCACGGCCCUCUUCCUCAACGCCCCGACGCUCAAACCGUCAUGCUUCACGAGCUGACUCACCUCCCUCGGGCCGAUUGGUGUGAGAGCUGCCAAGCUGCCCUUUCGAGAGAGGACCCACAUCCAGAGGUCCAGCCGAAGAGAGAAGUGCCGGUCAUUUCGGUAGACUGGAUGUUCAAUAUAGGACAGGAGAAGCUGAGAAUGAUGAGCACCCCUUGA